CCGCCAUUCUUAAAAAACGAAAUCAAAUUUUACCUUUACCUCUUUUGUAUAUUGUUAACUACCAUGGAUGUUUAUUCGGUAUUGAGAGUAGAAAGUAACAAAAUCAUACUACACAACAAAGAUGAUGAUUUGGUUGAACUCCCUCUCACAGACGAGUAUAUCGAAAUGUUUGGUAUAGAACCAAAUAAGCCUUUACAGGAAGACGAAAGUACAGCUUCCUCCCACACAGAAGAAUCUGUGCCUAAUGAAAAGGUUAAUUAUUGGUGUGAUGAAGCCACAAAAUACAUUAUUCAACUAUAUAAGGAUAAUGAAAUUAGUUUUAAAGAUCCUAAGAUUAGGAAUGAUCAAACCUGGAAAUUAAUUUCCGAUCGUUUAAUAGAAAAAGGUUUUAUAUUUACACCAACUCAGAGUAAAAAUAAGUUUAAACACCUAAAAAAAACUUACAUGAAAUGCAAAGACAAUAUGAGCAAGGCAUCAGGAGCAUCUCCUAUAAAUUUUAAAUAUCUUUAUGAAAUGGAUGAGAUUUUUUUGGGGAAACCAAAUGUACAACCCUUAGCUGUAGCGUCUUCAUCAUUAGGGUCUCAGAUAAAUGCAGACGUAGUUAGAGGAAGUUUCACUGUUGGUAUAAAAAGGGAGUCUGAUACACCAGAGGAGAAAAAAACAAAAAAAUUAACGGUAUUGGAAAUGCUCAAGAAAAGUGAAGAAAGCAGGGAAAGAAGGCAUGUGGAGUUUUUAAGGGCCCAACAAAAUGCAACGGACGUUUAUGAAAGAACGAUGAACAAGUUAAUUGACAAAAUGUAAGGUAAUUAUUGUGUAGAUGCCCUUUUCUUAAAAAUACAUAUUUUUUACAGAACUUACAUUUUAGUCUUUAGGAAGGAGAGUAUUUUUCAAAUAUACCACCAGAAACCCCAUAAAUUAACGUUUUUUUUACAAAUUUUACAUUAAAGGCUUAUGAGGAUUAUUAAGUGAUCAUUUGUGUAAACGUAUUCAUUAGAAUUUAGAAUAAUAUCUGUCAUGCUGUCUAAACCUCCUUAAAUUAUAAUUUUUUAUGCCAUUUCAAUAUUAUGUACUAUUAUAAACAACAAAAAAGAUAAACUAUAAUUUAAAGUUAUUAAAAUGAGGUUAGAAAUAAGUAUAUGGACAAGGAUGCUAAUGUCAAAAUUUCAGGUUUGCAAUAAGUCUGAUUUUAACAUGGAAUUUAUUUGACUCUAAUUACGAGUCACUAUUAGUGGCUGGCGUUAUAGAAGUUUGCAAUAUCUCUCUAUAAUUCUAAUGAAUAAGUUUACACAAAUUAUCACUUAAUGAUCCUCAUUAGCCUUUAAUAUGUAAAAUUUUUACAAAAACGUAAAUUUAUGGUGUUUCCGGUGGUAUAUUUGAAAAAUACUCACCUUCCUAAAUACUAAAAUGUAAGUUUUGUAAAAAUUGUAUUUUUAAGAAAAGGGCGUCUUUGCAAUAAUUAUCAAAUGUAAUAGUCCGUUUAUAUAACUUUUAAAAUUUUUUAUGUUUCAAUGUUUAGAAUUUUUCCUUUUAUUUUAUGUCUCUUGGUUAUCUAAUUUUUUUAAUAUCUUUCAAAGUUUGAAAUAAAAAAUCAAAACCUAAUUUUAUUUAUUAUUACAAAGAUAAUGCAAUUCUAUCUCUUCUUAGAAUUCCAGCCUCAUCAAAAAAAAUUUGCUCAUUACCAUGUCCUUCAAUAAUUUCUUCGUUAUUAACUACCAUACCCUCAGCAAUGUAGUUUUCUAACUGAUUAUCAAUAUUUUGUA